CUGACGUUGAACGAUAGUUUUAAAGCAUGCUGGUCUGAUAUCUAGGAGUAGGAACUGUGAUAUCGUUCGUCAAUCAGCUGUUGCGUUGUGGUAGAUGCACAACCAGGCAACCUAUUAGUCCAACAUCACAAGAAACCUUACGUUGAAAAUUAUUUACGAUUAGAUACUUUUUCGAUGAACUAGCACUUUCUUUAGCUUGAAAAUAAGCUAUCAAAAUUAUGGCUUUUAUCAAACCAACAUUAACAACUAUCUUUAGGAAAGGGACCACUAGUGUCUUUUACCGCAGCUUUUCUGCGAGUACAAAGAACUGCUGCCCUCAUGCUAAGGUGGGGUUUCUUGGUCUUGGCAACAUGGGAGGACCAAUGGCUGCUAAUUUAAUACAGAAGGGUCAUAGUGUAGUUGCCUAUGAUGUGAAUCCCGAAGCCUUGGAAAAUAUCCAGGAUGUAGGAGGAAGUGUUGCACCAUCUCCAGCAGAGGUUGCAAGUAAGGCUGACAGAAUAGUGACAAUGCUACCAAACUCACAACAUGUAAUUACAUGCUAUACAGGAGAAAAUGGCAUCUUCAAGACUGUUCAGCCGGGAACUUUACUCAUUGAUAGUAGCACAAUUGAUCCUAAUGUCUCCAAAGAGGUGGCAGCUCUGGCAGUGAAAAAAGGUGCAGUUUUUAUGGAUGCACCUGUAUCAGGAGGUGUUAAUGCUGCUAAAGCUGGCACAUUAACUUUCAUGGUUGGAGGUGACGAGAGGGAAUUUGAGGCAGCUAAAGAACUACUUUCUGUAAUGGGAAAGAAUAUUGUUUACUGUGGUUCAGUUGGAAAUGGACAGGCAGUCAAAAUUUGCAAUAACAUGUUGUUAGCUAUUACCAUGAUUGGCUCAGCUGAGACAAUGAAUCUGGGCAUGAGGCUAGGUUUGGAUCCCAAACUUCUUGCUGGUGUACUUAGCACAAGUACAGGCCGCUGCUGGGCUAUGGAUACUUACAAUCCUGUUCCUGGUGUUUUUGAAAAUGUCCCCUCAUCCAACAAUUAUGAGGGAGGUUUUGGCACAGCACUAAUGACAAAAGAUCUUGGCCUAGCACAAGAUGCAGCAACCAAAACUUUUUCACCCACUCCACUUGGUUCUUUAGCUCAUCAGAUAUAUCGUGUUAUGUGUAACUCUGGCCUAGCAGAGAAAGAUUUUUCCAGUAUAUUCAAGUUAUUGCAAGAGGAAAAGAAUUCUUAAAUAUUAUAUUAGAUUUAGCAUAAAUGCUGUAGUUGCAGGGCAGAGUUGUGGUACUUUGUCAAAAAAUGAUCUUUUAUAUACCUCUAUGACUUACUCUCUAAGAUUAGUGGUCAUGACUCAUGCCAUACACAGUAACAUUGAUUAGAAUUUUAGAACUAGAAUAAUUGUUUAGGAAAUAGUUUGUGCCCAUGAAUUUACAUUGCAUAAUUUGUAAAUGUCUAGCAAAAAUUAUUGCAGUGAUAUUUUCCUGUACCAAGAUAUCAGGAUACUGAAGGUUAUUUUGAUGUGAAAAUUAUGUGGGAUUUACAUUUCUCAAUGAGAAACUCAGUCUACAUUAAAGAACAAUUAUGCCAUGGUUUAGUUACAUUUUACCCUUAGAGUUUUAUAGAUUUCCAAUAGCUUUUCACUGCCGUACCCAGUGUACAAAUGUUAGAUAAAAGAUAGAAGUCAGGAAGUUUCUAAAUUCCUUUGGGUAUAUUUACUUUAUAUUUGUCAGUUAAAAAUAUAUACUACAAAAAUUACUGUCGAACUAUGACUUGGUGGUCUUUAUAAGUUACUUUAUAUCAACAAUUACUCUACCUACAAACAUGCAUUGCUCCCCAGCAUUAACUUGCAGUAUAUAGGACUUGCUUGAAAUAAAUCUCUAGUUUUGCACUCAUAACAUGAACUUUGAGUCUCCAUUUUUAUUGGAUGCUAACAUGUGUCAAGUAAAAUGUUAUGCAUAUGGGCUCCCCAUUGCUACAUCUAAAACCCAAUUGCUGUGCAAUUCUGGUUUACUUUUCUCUAGAUUUAAAUUGAGAGUAUAUAGUAAAUUGUUUGUAACUGUACAUUAGGAGUUACACACACUGCUAUAAAAUGGUUUAUAUUUCAAGGUAGUGUGUUUAUUAUUGGAUGUAAUAUCUAAUAUGUCCCCUGUACUUUGUGUCCAUUAGUAUGUCUAUAGCACCCUGUACUUUGUGUCCAUUGGUAUGUCUGUUGCAAAGUGCAUAAAUAGAAAUUCCUCCUUACUAGUUUGUAUUUAGACAGUGACAGAAAACUUGGUAACCAGGACUAUAUACAUCAAAGUUAAAAGUUAUGACUUGGUUUUUGUUAGAAUAUUUGAAGAUCCUUAUUUGUCUGAAUAUUUUACAUGUAAAAUUGUUUUAUCUUUUUAAAAUGGUAAUGCAGCUGGAUGUUAUUUAUAACAGCAUGCUUUUAUUCAUCUUUGGCAAUACAGUACAAUGGGUUGGUUAGUCAAAUAAAUUCCAAUGAAUUUAAUUCAAAGCAAGUAACUAUGUAUGCAGUUUUUCUGAUCUGAUAUUCCUUAUGUUGGUGAAUUUAAAUGAUCUCAGAGUGCUUUAACUGUUACCUGAGAACUUGUUAAAAUUGUAGAUUCCCUAAUUUUUCUUGUUUUUUAAUUUAGAUUAAAAAUGUAAUGUAAUUAAUUAAUAUAGGUUGUAAAAUAUGACUGAAAUCACCUGACUAUUAUUCAGGCUGGGUGCAAACUGCUGUGGUUUUGUGCUAGUUCUGAUUUGGCAGGUUUCUCCUUAUACUGGAAUAGUCUUGUCACCUUCAUUUAGCAGCUUCUUGAAUCUUAGUAGUGGACUUUCUUUCAAGCAUAUUCUGUACCUGGGUAGCUUACUAGCUUCAUGCUGUGUAACAAUUUUAGUUUUCGAUACAAAAUCUUAUUGAAACUUUAAUAAUAAAAGUAAAAGAUUUAUAUAGUA